UUGAAUUUUCUAGUAAUAACUAUUGUUCUUGUUCUUCAGCAGGGAAGUGCGUACAAUACUGGCACUGGGGAAAAGGAGAUGGGGGGGAAGUGUGACACUCUGUGAUCUACUUCUGAACCUGCUUACCCUUACACGAAGGAGCCGUGUAAAGAACUGUCUGAUGGUAUUGGCAGUGGAUGAGUGAACAUUUUCUACUGAGAUACCAGCAGCAGCACUGUGUCAGUGAGCCAGUGCCUGUGGAGGAGGUCACCAUGAUCUCCACAGCUCUCCGCUGGCUGGUCCUGGUGUCUUUUAUCAUUCUGACCAUUGGUGGGAAUGUGCUGGUAUGUUUGGCUGUGGGGCUCAGUCGUCGACUGUGGCGCAUUGCUAACUGCUUUGUGGUGUCCCUGGCAGUGACGGAUCUCCUGCUAGGCCUGCUGGUGCUGCCCUUCUCUGCCACUCUGGAGCUGCGCAGCGGGAAAUGGCCCCUCGGCGGAGCACUGUGCAACAUCUACGUCUCACUGGAUGUCAUGCUGUGUACAUCUUCCAUCCUGACCCUGCUGGCCAUCAGUGUGGACCGUUACCUAGCCAUUUCGGCUCCCCUCAGCUACUCCCGGAGAGUUACCCCUCCAAGGGUGACAAUGGCCAUGAUCGCCAUCUGGGCCUUGUCACUAGCUGUGUCCUUUGUGCCCAUCCACCUGGGCUGGAACACAGCAGACUACACAGUGCAGCACUUGGACUGGGGCAUUGGGGAGGAGGACAACGAGGGAUACUACUGCCACUUUGAGUGGAAUAACAACUACGUUGUUAUUUAUGCCUUUAGCUCAUUUUACCUACCUCUGCUCCUUAUGUGUGGAAUGUAUCUCUGCAUAUUCAGAGUGGCUAGAAAACAGGUGCGUCGGAUUCGUGCUGCCACUCCAUCAUUUGCACGCGCAGCAUCAACUGCAGCCAUUGCCCGAGAGCACAAAGCAACAGUGACCCUGGCAGCUGUGCUGGGGGCCUUUGUCAUCUGCUGGUUCCCCUACUUCACCUUCUUCAUCUGCAUGGGUGUAAAGAAGAGGACAAACCCACCUAACACACUUAACUCUGUGGUCCUAUGGCUGGGCUAUUUCAACUCCGCUCUUAACCCCAUCCUGUAUCCAGCCUUCAACAGGGAUUUCCGCAGGGCCUACGGAGAGCUGCUUCGCUGCAUAGGACCGUUUUGCAGAAAACCACAGCUUCCUCGUGUGUCUGCGCAUAAACGAUUGGCCUUUACUAAUGGACAAAGGGUUUCCCUACAGUCUGAGAAACACAUUGACACGGUUAAUAAGGAAACUGAGGGGGAGAGCAUCACUCUACAUGAAAGAAAUGGUAUCCCUGAUGAGCCACGGUGAAAUGCUAUUGAUCUGUUGUUCUUCUGCUGAACUGUAGACUGGCACCAAAAUGGUGUUAAUUAAGAACUUUUCCACUACUCAGAGUACAGGUUGGCAAACCAUUUACGACUUCACACACAGAUGUUUAUUGUAUAGUGCCAAUCAUAAUUCAAGUAAACAAAAUAAUUAAUGUGUAAAACUUAUGUCACAUUAAACUU